GGGGCAUAAAACGAGCGCCGCUGCGCUUAACGGCAACAUCUUCCUUCGCUAGCCGGGGUCUGCUAGCUGACGUUAUCGCCUUCCUUAGCUAACUCGCGUUAGCAUCUCUCCGUGUGCCGGGUAUCACAGGGGGUGUAUUUUCACAGUGAGGUUACUUUUCUAAAUCCGAAUCAUGUCGGCAAACGGACCCGGAGAAGACCGCACGGACGCGAAGAGUGAGCAGUCAGCGGUGUCUUCGCCAGCGUCUGCCACCGAGGAAGUGGAUGCUAAGCCCAAUGCCCACAGCUUCAGAUACAGCCUGAGUUUCCCCUGCAUCGGCCAGUGCAUCAUCAUCAACAACAAGAACUUCGACAGAGGAACAGGGAUGAAUCAACGAAACGGCACAGACGUAGAUGCUGGCAACGCAAUGAACGUCUUUGGAAAGUUGGGCUACAAAGUGAAGGUUUACAACGACCAGUCGGUGGCGCAGAUAAUGCGUGUUUUAACAGCUGUGUCGAAGGAAGAUCACAGCUGCUAUGCUUCGUUUGUCUGCGUUCUGUUGAGUCAUGGAGAUGACGGCGUGUUCUUUGGUACCGAUGGCUCUGUGCCGCUUAAGUGUCUGACCUCCCUUUAUCGAGGUGAUUGCUGCAAGUCUUUGGUGGGAAAACCCAAACUCUUCUUUAUCCAGGCUUGCAGAGGCACUGAGCUAGAUCCCGGCGUUGAAGCGGACGGUACAGAAGACGACGGUCCUACCAGAAUCCCUGUGGAAGCAGACUUCCUCUAUGCCUUCUCCACAGCGCCAGGCUACUACUCGUGGAGGAACACUUCGACUGGGUCCUGGUUCAUGCAGUCGUUGUGUGACAUGAUUGGCAAAUAUGGGAAAGAAUUGGAGCUCCAGCACAUCAUGAUUCGAGUCAACCACAAGGUGGCAGUGGCGUUUGAGUCUUUCUCUAAUUCACCAGGCUUUGAUGCAAAGAAACAAAUCCCGUGCAUUGUGUCCAUGCUGACCAAAGAGAUGUAUUUCUCCCCUUGAUGUUGCCUUUUUUCUUUCAAGGCUCCAGCCUUCAUCUAUGGGAGAAAUGCUCUAGUACAAGGGGGGUGAAGUAUUUCAAAAGUACAUUUCAAAAGUGUACAUUUCGAAAACUUGACAUUAUAAGGUAGUCCAGCUCUGAGCCAUGAAGCGUCGCGUCUGCAUUUUUUGCUUUUAUCCCUGCAGGGCCACCAGUUUGAAUUCACUUGUAAAGAUUCAACCUAAAAUAGUAGGUUACUUAAUGGCAUUAAAUAAACCAUGAAUCUAAAUGAUCAAAUGUAAUUGACCCUUACAAUUUCAAAAUCACUGUUUUUUACCCCUUAAUGCCACUUUUCUGUUUGUACUAAACGCCCUUUUCAGGUAAUUGUUUUGGGAGACUUUUUAUAUUUGUACUUUGACAGGAUCAUGUGUCGUUUCUGUUUUGAAAUAUUUCCACUAUCGAGUUUUUGUAGUGACAGACAAAGGUUAUUCACUGAAAUAUUAAGUCUUUAAGGCUUUCUAAAUGGUGCACUCUAAGUAAAUUCGAGGAUAAUGUUGUCUCGUGAAUUCAGGAACACCUACAAGGCUAUCAGGAAUGAUUUGUUUUGGGUUUUCUUAAGGUCAGGUUUCAUAGCAUGCAUGAGAAAAGCCAGCCUGCUUGCACAAUGCUUUCAUUUUCGCGUAUCCAUACUUGAACACAUGUUUACAUUUCAUCUAAAGAAAUAUUUAAAAGAUUUCUUGUGGGGUUUUUAAAGUAAAAACAAACCGGAUGCCUUUUCAAUAAUUUGCUAUGAUUGCCCAACACAACUUUAUGUGUAAUAAUCCACAUGCUGGUCAUUUGAGAGUAAAUAUUGACAUAUUUACAGCAAACUAGCCGAAUAUCAAUUUUGCUGUUGUCAUGUUUGACAAUCCAGUUUGUAUGUCAUAUCAAUAUACUCAACAUUGCUAUGAGCAUUUCCGUUUUUAUAUCACUUUUGUAAACACUGAAACUUUGAGGUUUGUGGGAUUUUUUUUUUUUUUUUUUCUGAAAAAAAAAUAAACACUUUCUAUGUUGA